AUGUCUCUAGAAAAAGCACACUCUACUGAUUUGGCGGCUAACGUGAUGGCGGGCGACAAAGAGAGGGAUACGGAUUCCACGUCGUCCAUGGCCCAGAAGGGUGAGUUGAAGAGAACCUUUUCUGUGUGGUCUGUGCUUGGUAUUGGCUUUGGCUUGACCAACUCUUGGUUUGGUAUUUCCGCUUCGCUUAUCACUGGUAUCCAGUCUGGUGGUCCAUUGUUGAUUGUUUAUGGUAUCAUCAUCAUUGCUUGUAUUUCUUAUUGCAUUGGCAUUACGCUUUCUGAGUUGUCUUCAGCUAUUCCUUCUGCCGGUGGACAGUACGUGUGGACUCGUGUUUUAUCCCCUAAGAAGUACUCCAGUUUCCUUGCUUACCUUUGUGGCUCCUUAGCAUGGGCAGGUUCCCUUUUCACUAGUGCAUCUAUGGCUCUUUCUGUUGCCCAAACCGUGAUGGCCUUCUGGAAGCACAUGCAUCCAGACCAUAACACAAAGUCUUGGGAGGUUUUCGUCGUAUACCAGUUGGUCAACCUCAUUUUGAUCUUGUUUAACUGUUACGGUAAGUACUUGCCUUACAUUGCUAACGGUGCCUUGUAUACUUCUUUGUUUUCCUACUGUGCUAUCACCAUCACUGUGCUCGUGUGCGCCAGGGGUAACUACGCUAAGCCCAGCUUUGUGUUCACUGACUUCGAGAACAACACUGGCUGGACUACCUCUGGUAUUGCUUUCAUUGUGGGUUUGGUUAACCCUAACUGGAGUUUCUCCUGUCUUGAUUCGGCUUCUCACUUGGCUGAAGAAGUCCAUGGCGCAGACAGAGUUAUUCCAAUCGCUAUUUUGGGUACAGUGACUAUCGGUUUCCUCACCUCAUUCACUUACUCUAUCGCUAUGUUCUUCUCUAUCACUGACUUGAACGCGAUUAUCAACUCUGGAAGUGGCUUGCCCAUUUUGGAUAUUUAUUACCAGGCUUUGAACCAUAGAGCAGGUUCUCUUUGUCUUGGUAUUCUCAUCUUCUUCACAGCUUGUGGCUGUACCAUUUCGUGUCAUACAUGGCAGGCAAGACUCUGCUGGUCUUUCAGCAGAGACAACGGCUUGCCAUUCUCCAAGUACUUGUCCAUCAUUGACCCAAACUUGGGAGUACCAUUGAACGCUCACUUGUUUUCUUCCUUCUGGGUCGCUAUAUUGGGCUGCUUGUACUUGGCCUCCUCCACUGCUUUCAAUUCUAUGGUUGUGGGCUGUAUCACGUUCCUUCUUUUGAGUUACUUGGUGCCCACUAUUUGUUUGCUUUACAGAGGCCGUAACAACAUUAAACACGGUCCUUUCUGGCUUGGAAAGGUUGGUCUUUUCGCCAACGUCAUGACUAUCGCUUGGGCCAUUUUCGCUUUGGUCUUUUAUUCGUUCCCUACUUUCAUGCCUGUCACCGCUGGUACCAUGAACUACGUCUCUGUCGUAUACGGUGUAUACUUGAUCUUCACAUUGGGCUACUGGUUUUUCCCAAUCAAGAAGUACUCUUGCAGAGAGCUGUUUGCCGGUGGGCUUGGUAAUAACGAAGAGGAGGAGUUUCCCGAUGUGUGUCUCACGGAGUUAUAG